AGGAAAAUGAACAGAACUUAACUGCAUUUUAGGACUUGACUCCUGAUGGGCUGGAUUUUUGUCUUGACAGGGAUUUUUGAAGAUUCACGCGAAGAAAGAAGAAACAGCCAAUGGCUUCAGAAUCCAUGGUCCCAGAGCAGGGCAAACAACAUCUGGUGAAGGGAAGAAGGCGGCAGCAGCAGCAAACUAGGUCUUCCAAUAGUGAUGGUGAAGAUGACAUCUUUGUAUUUGAAGCAAAUGAGGCUUGGAAGGAUUUUCACAGCUCUCUUCUUCACUUCUUUGAAGCUGGAGAGCUCUGCGAUGUUACACUGAAGGUUGGUUCAAAACUUAUCUCCUGCCACAAACUGGUGCUAGCUUGUGUUAUACCUUACUUCAGAGCCAUGUUCCUCUCAGAAAUGGCUGAAGCCAAGCAGACGUUGAUUGAGAUCAGGGACUUUGAUGGCGAUGCAAUAGAAGACCUAGUGAAGUUUGUGUACUCCUCCCGGCUUACUCUGACGGUGGAUAACGUCCAGCCUCUCUUGUACGCUGCUUGCAUUCUGCAGGUGGAACUGGUAGCAAAGGCAUGCUGUGAAUACAUGAAGCUACACUUCCAUCCUUCCAACUGCCUGGCAGUCAGGGCAUUUGCAGAAAGCCACAACCGCAUUGACUUGAUGGAAAUGGCGGAUCAGUAUGCUUGCCAGCAUUUCACAGAGGUGGUGGAGUGUGAAGACUUUGUGAGUGUGUCACCACAGCACCUCCAUAAACUCCUGUCCUCCAGUGACCUGAAUAUUGAAAAUGAAAAGCAAGUUUACAAUGCUGCUAUCAAGUGGCUGCUCGCCAAUCCACAGCAUCAUGCUACAUGGCUGGAUGAAAUACUUGCCCAGGUACGGCUGCCUCUCUUGCCCAUUUGUUUCCUUAUGGGUGUUGUGGCAAAGGAAGAGAUUGUCAAGCAGAAUCUAAAAUGUAGGGAUUUGCUGGAUGAAGCAAGAAACUACCACCUUCACCUGAGCAGCAGGGCAGUGCCAGACUUUGAGUACUCCAUUCGCACAACACCAAGGAAGCAGACUGCUGGUGUGUUGUUCUGUGUUGGUGGUAGAGGUGGAUCAGGCGACCCAUUUCGGAGCAUUGAAUGCUACUCUAUCAGUAAGAACAACUGGUUCUUCGGCCCCGAAAUGAACAGCAGGAGAAGGCACGUGGGUGUGAUCUCUGUGGGAGGUAAAGUCUAUGCAGUAGGUGGACAUGAUGGAAAUGAACACCUGGGAAGCAUGGAAGUAUUUGAUCCUCUCACAAACAAGUGGAUGAUGAAGGCAUCAAUGAACACGAAGAGGAGAGGAAUCGCCCUUGCCUCUUUGGGUGGCCCCAUUUAUGCAAUAGGAGGUUUGGAUGACAACACUUGCUUCAGUGAUGUGGAAAGAUAUGACAUUGAUUCCGAUUGCUGGAGUGCGGUUGCCCCAAUGAACACUCCCAGGGGAGGAGUCGGCUCCGUAGCCCUUGUGAACCAUGUUUAUGCUGUGGGUGGCAAUGACGGUGUAGCAUCUCUUUCCAGUGUGGAGAAAUACGAUCCCCAUUUGGAUAAGUGGAUGGAAGUGAAAGAGAUGGGUCAGCGAAGAGCUGGCAAUGGUGUCAGCGAGCUCCAUGGCUGCCUGUACGUUGUCGGUGGCUUUGACGACAACUCUCCGCUGAGCUCGGUGGAGCGGUUUGACCCGCGCAGUAACAGAUGGGAGUAUGUGGCAGAGCUUACAACUCCUAGGGGUGGUGUUGGCAUAGCGACACUGAUGGGUAAAAUCUUUGCAGUUGGAGGUCAUAAUGGCAACGUGUACCUGAAUACAGUGGAGGCAUUUGAUCCCAUAGUGAAUAGGUGGGAACUCGUCGGCUCCGUGUCGCACUGCAGGGCAGGGGCUGGCGUGGCUGUGUGCUCUUGUCUCAGCAGCCAGAUCCGGGACGUGGGCCAGGGAUCCAGCAACGUUGUUGACUGCAUGUGA